UCAAUUUUCCUUCUUAAAAAAAAAAAAGAGAACAAAAAUAUUUCGAUCAGAGUCCGAAUCUCUUCGAUCGAGAACAUGAACGAGACACACAGUUUAAUAAUAAUCUCACGAGGCAGCCACUAUUUCUGCACUUACUAGUUCCAAAUUCAAUAGUCGAGAGAGGGGUUUUCUUCUUCCAAGGUUUCAGAUUCUCUCGCUAUCCCAAAGUUUUGUUUUUUUUUUUGUUUGAAAUCGAGGAUGAGAGAAUCGAAAUCAGCCAAGCUGAAUCAGCUACAAGAAGAUAAUCACCAGAAUGUUCACUUGUCUCCAUCGAAAUUAGCGAAAUUGUUCGAUCCCGAUGCUUCUUGGGACAAGGAUCAAUUGGGAGAUGUGUUGCAUUGGAUUCGACAAGUCGUGGGAUUGAUCUGUGGAUUGCUAUGGGGCUCUAUUCCACUUGUUGGAGGCAUUUGGAUCAUUCUGUUUUUGGCGAUAUCCUCAGGGAUCGUUUACGGUUACUACGCAAUGAUUCUCAAGGUUGAUGAAGAAGAUUUCGGAGGCCACGCAGCUUUACUCCAAGAAGGUCUCUUUGCGUCACUUACUCUCUUUUUGCUCGCAUGGAUUCUUGUCUAUAGCUUGGCACACUUCUGAAAAACGCUGAGCAACAUUCUUUUUACUCAGCAGCAAAUGCUACUUCUCCAUUACCUCGGAACUUUGGAACGAAUCUCUGUUUUUUUGUUUUUGUUUUGUAAACUGUCUGAAGAUAAGGCUACAAGAGACAAAAACGUUAUAGUAACAAUUUUACGAAUCUUCUGCAUGCUACAAAAGCUUUCUAGUAUCCUUUUUACAAUA